ACAAAAUAGUGCCAUCAUUACUAAAUGGUACACAACACUGAACCCAUGCUGGUGGGAUCAUGUGUGCCAUAACAACAACAAACACGAGUAAGUGACCUUGACAUAAUAUGAAACAAAAAGGCAAACCAUGUGAUGAUGUACACAAAGCAAGAUCGGCCUCCUGUGUGUGUGUAUAAGUGUGUGUUUCCGUAUCUGAGGAGAGGCAGCGCCGGACACACAGACGUCCCGCAGUUUGUGUUCAGGAGCAGUUGCGUGUUGCUUGGAUUUGCCCUUUUCAUCGUCUGGAAGCCCAACUUCUAUAAGUCAACUUCCACUGCCAUGAGUUACAGGACUGUGGCGAUGUACGUGGAGAUCGGAUGCUUUGUGCUCUGUGUAUCUGGAUGGACCCUGGUCUGUUCCACCCUGCCCACAGAGAUCUGGACUUGGUCCGAGGUCAGUACCAUAGUAUUGACCGCUUCAAACUACUACUCCAACCUGUGGAAGGAUUGUGUAUCUGAUUCAACUGGAGUGUCUGACUGUAAGAUAAUUCCAUCGAUGCUUGCACUGAACCCGGGCAUUCACCUGUGCCGUGCUCUCAUCAUCACUGCUAUCAUCCUGGCCUUCUUUGGAUCAAUUCUGGUCUUAGUAGGAAUGAAGUGCACUAAGAUCGGGGGAUCAGAGAUUGCUAAUGCAAGAAUAACCUUUGCUGGGGGGAUGAACCACCUCGUCGGAGGGAUGUGUUCUAUGAUUGCUUUCUCCUAUUAUGGAAACAAAAUUGUUACAGAAUUUCAAGACCCCAACUACAAAGGUCAGAAGUAUGAAAUAGGCGUUGGUGUCUUUAUCGGCUGGGGAGGCUCAACCUUACUUGUUGUUGGAGGCCUUAUUUACAGUAUCUUUGCAGGGAGGGAAGCGUGCUACUCAAAGUCUAAAAGAUCCCCUGCCUACCAGUUCCCUGAUACCUACACAAUUGUUCCGACACAAAAGAGCAUUGCGACUUCAGUUCGUACAGACAUCAGUGGGAGCAGAAAAUGGAGGACCAGCAGUUACAGCAGAGCCAGCAGCAUCUCUGAAAUCACCAGUGCCACCAAGACGUCAGCUACAAAUGCAUAUGUGUGACUUCUUUUUCAAACAGGUGGAAAAUAUUGUGAUUCCGCCCUUCAUGAAUAUUCUGUGUGGUCCUAUGUUUUCUUUUUACAUUUUCAAUAAUUGCUUGAGCGUUAACAGUAGCUUUUAGAAUAGACAUUAUAGUGUGACAAUGAGCCAGCAUGCACAAUACCAAGACCCUAAAACUGAAAUGGAGUUAAAUGGAAUUCAGCCAUCAUUUAUUCCAACUUUUCACAUAACAUGGAUAAUAAAAUGAUACAAUGAAAUCAUGCAAAAGAUGACAUUAAGGGCACUUAACAUGUUUAUAAUUUAUUUAAAUGUUUAGUUGUUGCUUUAGCCAUUAAUGUUUUCAAUGACACUAUUUUGUCUGAAUAUAUGAAAUAUUAUGCAUUCUUGCUCUGACCUGAAGCAAAAAUGAUUGACUACAUAUAGAAAUGUAGAACGAUCUAUACGUGAAGACAGAACUAUUAAUGUCAGGGCCUUAUGUUGAGUUACCUUGUAAGAUAUGCAUGUCUAGAUUAAUUUGCUUGCAGGCUGCUUUGAAGGUUGCAUGCUUUCAACAAUGUCAGAUGUUUCUGAAAUUUGCAAUAAAACAAGAUUUUGAUACUGAG